GUAGCAUCGCUACGUCUAGUCGGCUAUAUAUGAUCUCUCACUGAAAGUCAUGGCCGACGGUGACUUUUGCAGCUCAUUCAAAAACACCGAAAAUACCGAUCUCACCGCACCAUUACGGGCUUAUAACGGUGCUAAUGUUAAAUUGUUAGCUGGGCAAACCGCUCGCUAACACAGAAACAUACGUUGACACCCAGAUCUCGACCUGUGCUCCUCUCCCUGCCCCACAAUGCUCUGCAGCCAAACCCCAGUGUCCCCCAAUCUGCACCAUAAAUUCACCUUGUGGCUAUAACCACCGCCUCACCACCAGUACGAUCCCGGUCCAAUCUGUCCUGCUGAUUGGAUAGUUUCAGACCACCCCUCAGUGUUCGCCGUACCCAGGACAUCUCCACGGAAACGAUGGUGUCUCGAUCUGGAGAAAUACCAGCGCUGGAGUCCGGGGCCCCCGAGGGGCUGAUGGGAGGCAUGUCCCUGCCCAUCGGGAUGACCCGGCGGGCCCUCAGCUACGACGACGCCCUGGAGGCCCCCAUGUCGCCGCCGCCGUCCGACAUCAACGUCAACAUCCUGUGGAAGAGACCCAUCAUCCCCGAGAGGAGGUUCCAGCGUCUGACGGAGGAAGAUGAAUCGGAGAGCGUUCUGACCCACACGGCGACCUUCGACCCUGAGGCCUCCAGGCCCCCCAUCCCUGUGGUCAAAACCAAAGCUUCAUCCGUCAUCAUGAACACCCUCAUGACCAAGCACACCCAGGAGAGCAUGCAGAAGUUCGAGAAGCAGGCGGGCCUCACAGACACCGGCUACACCCCCCACAAGGGCCUGGCGGCAGAGGAGACACGGUACCACCGCAUGGCUGAGUCGCUGCAUAAGCUGAAGGUCCAGGGUGGAGAGUCUCGGGAGGAGAAGCAGUCCUCUUCGGCCCAGUCCACUCCGAGCACCACCCCCCAGCCCUCGCCCAAACAGCAGCGCAGAGGCUGGUUCAGCCAGAGCUCGGUGACCUCCCUCACCGGGUUGGAGGUCAGCUCCGCCCCCUUCGCCGCAGAGCCGCAGCCGUGCAGUGAGGGAGGGGCCGGGGGGGGCGGGGGGGCCAUGGAGCGCUGGAGCGCGUUCGGACCCCGCCCCGUCGUACAGAAGUCCACCACCGACCCAGGGGGCUUUGCUCUCCAGGCCUAUAAGGGGGCUCAGAAGCCUACCCCCAUGGAGGUGAUGAAGGCCCAGGCCACGCGCCUGGCCGAAGACCCCGCCAACCUCAACCUCAAGGCCCCCAAAAUGGAGAUCCCGGUGACGGAGAGCAAGCGCCACUCGCCCCGGCAACACAAACUCAAGCCCCGUGACAUGAACGUGCUAACCCCCUCCGGCUUCUGAGGGGAAAGAAAACGAAGGAUUCCCCGCGCUUGUAGCUGGUCUACCCUACUUCCUCUUCCUCAGAAAAGACUUCUAGACCAUUCUCUGUGUUUCCAGUGUGACCUCCCUCCUCCGCCCCAUGCCCACAUCCUAUUAGAACAUGGCUGUACUCCAGUUAUAUUCCAGUUAUUCUCCAGUUAUACUCCAGUUUCAUUCCAGUGAUUCUUCUCUGCCCCCUGCCUACUUCCCAUACUUAACGACAGCCUAGAUCUUUCGUGGAACUGUUAAAUACAUGUGUAAGUGCAGUUUCAUUUUGUUACCAGCUUUUUUUAAUAUCCCCCCUUUCUCAGUUUGCCUUACCGUAUGUGUAAUUGUGUUUUCUGUUUUUCGUUGUCUCCCAUUUUUCGGAAGCGUAUAUUGUGGUGGUGCAAGUAAACGUCUGCACCCAUGUGCAUCCAACAUUCCUAUGGUUUAGUCCGCAAUGGUUUCAUUCCUUAUUUUCUGUGUUGUAUUAAAUCUGUACUUUUAUUUUUAUUUUUUAUUUUUUUUAGUGUGCAGUUUUCUUCACAGAACUCUAGAUCACAGGAUCCAAGCUCGCUCUUUAGACAGGGCAGUUCUUCAAACUGUUCGUGAGGUCGUAUGGUCAGUGGUUUCUGUUAGUCUUGAAUGGACCUCGUAUCCUGCUAUUCCCAUGUUGCGCUAUGAAAGUCUGUACGGGUAAAACGUUUUACAAAUGUAACGUAAGCCCUGCAGUGUAGUUUCACAAGUUCAGAACAAUACAUAAAGACUCCAAAAGUUGUCAAACUGUUGUUUAAACUGUCAGCUUUAAAUCUGUUGAAUGCACAGGUUGAGUAAAAUGCACAGUGCCUGUUAGUUUGUGAUUCAUUCAGUCCUUUACCUCUAAAUAAACUCAGUGCUGACACAAGCA